UCUUCCAGCAAAUGCUUUGCUAGAAUUUUUCUGAUUUUACAGCUAACUUGCUGUAAGGUUUUGUUUUGCUUCAUACCCAAAACUCUGACAUCUAUUCAUUUCCCAGAUGGCUAAACAAGGAACCAGAGCCCCUUGCUGUAGAACCCAAAAUUUUCACAUUCAAACACAGAAAUUCAAAUAUUUCUAACUGUUAACAAGAAAAUUCAAAAUCAUAUUAAAUUCGAACCUUACUAAAUAAAAAUAAAAAUCAACAACUAUAUAAUCCUGAAUUUUAAAAAUAGGAAUUAAAUUCACUCCUUCACUGGAUCAUCUAUAAGUAGCCUCUUUCUUGAUUAAGCUUCAACUCAAACCGGCCCAUAUAGACUUUGACAAAAACUUGGAAAAUGAGGCUUCAGCCAUACCAUGAUAUAGACCCUGAGGCAGGACCAGUUCCAAUAGAGUUGGGAGCUCCAGAGCUGCAUUGCUUCUUCAUUGCUAAAGUUUAUACAAUCAUAUCCAUACAACUACUCGUGACAGUUGCCGUGGCGGCUACAGUUAAUUUCGUUCAUCCUAUUACUAAUUUUAUUCUGCAUACCAAGGCAGGAUUGGCUCUAUACAUUGUCAUAAUCAUUAUUCCUUUCAUAGUUAUAUGCCCACUAUACUACUAUUACCGGCUGCGUCCUGUAAAUUAUCUUCUUCUUGGAGUAUUUACUACUGCUCUUGGAUUCUUGGUUGGACUUACAUGUGCAUUCACCAGUGGGAAAGUAAUUUUGGAAUCUGCAAUCCUAACAGCUGUAGCUGUUGUGAACCUUACUCUGUAUACAUUCUGGGCAGCAAAGAGAGGUCAUGAUUUCAGCUUUCUUGGUCCCUUCUUGUUUUCUGCCUUUAUUGUUCUUCUGCUGUUCUCUUUAGUCCAGAUUUUCCUUCCCUUGGGAAAGAUCACUAAAAUGAUAUAUGGGUGCUUGGCCUCGAUCUUAUUCUGUGGAUAUAUCAUUUAUGACACGGAUAACCUGAUCAAACGUUAUUCUUAUGAUGGGUAUAUCUGGGCAGCAGUUUCUUUGUAUUUGGAUAUCAUCAAUAUCUUCUUCUCGCUGCUAACUUUUUUCAGUGCCCAGGAUUAGCAAGAGAAGGAGGUAUUUUUCAUGGGUUCUGUUCCAUUUAUCCUCAUUUUUGUAUCUUUACUUCAGCAGAGAGAUGAACGCAGCCAGUGCCAGCACGUUCUAUAUUGUUGGAUCAAUAUUGUGUUUUAGACCCAUGUGCAGAUACACACUUUAAAUUUCCGGAGUUAAAAGUUAUUCGAUAAUAGUUAUUUCAUUCACUUAAGUAAUCAACUCGAUACCGUUUCCAUCAUCCAAGAUUAAUAAGUACACCCUGAUUAUUCCGGUGAAAGAAAUUUAAAUUUUAGACUUCUGGGGGUUUCAGGUUUGGCCU